UCCCCUGGGCGCUGGAGCGGGGCGACCCUCGCGCCGCCGGAGGAGGCGGCCAGCAUGGCCGAGCUGGCGGCGCGCCGCUGCUGCCUGGGCUGGGACUUCAGCACGCAGCAGGUGAAGGUAGUUGCAGUUGACACAGAGCUGAAUGUCUUCUACGAGGAGAGCGUGCAGUUUGACAGAGACCUGGGAGAAUUUGGGACUCAUGGUGGGGUUCAUGUUCACAAGGAUGGGCUGACAGUCACUUCUCCGGUCCUCAUGUGGGUCCAGGCUCUGGACAUCCUCCUGGAGAAGAUGAAGGCAUCGGGCUUUGACUUCUCCCAGGUCCUCGCCUUGUCCGGGGCAGGCCAGCAACAUGGCAGUGUAUUCUGGAAGACGGGGGCCAGCCGGGUGCUGCGGAGCCUGUCCCCGGACCUCCCGCUGCACAAGCAGCUGCAGGCCUGCUUUUCCAUCAGCAACUGCCCAGUGUGGAUGGACUCCAGCACCACUGCCCAGUGCCGCCAGCUGGAGGCUGCUGUGGGCGGUGCCCAGGCUCUCAGCCGCCUCACCGGCUCCCGCGCCUACGAGCGCUUCACAGGAAACCAGAUCACCAAGAUUUUCCAGCAGAACCCCGAGGCCUACGCAUACACGGAGAGGAUCUCCUUGGUUAGCAGUUUUGCUGCUUCCCUCUUCCUGGGUUCUUACUCCCCGAUUGACUACAGCGAUGGUUCUGGGAUGAACUUGCUGCAGAUACAGGAGAAAGUCUGGUCGUCGACAUGCCUGAGAGCCUGCGCACCACACUUAGAGGAGAAGCUGGGUGCUCCUGUGCCCUCCUGCUCCAUCGUGGGAGCCGUGUCUGCCUACUAUGUCCGGCGCUAUGGGUUUUCUCCCGACUGCAAAGUGGUGGCCUUUACUGGGGACAACCCAGCGUCACUGGCCGGUAUGAGGCUGGAGGAAGGUGACAUUGCGGUCAGCCUGGGCACCAGCGACACCCUCUUCCUGUGGCUGCAGGAGCCCACGCCCGCCCUAGAGGGCCACAUCUUCUGCAAUCCUGUGGCCCCACAGCACUACAUGGCACUCCUGUGCUUUAAGAACGGCUCCCUCAUGCGAGAGAAGGUCCGCGACGAGUCGGCCGCUGGCUCCUGGAGCGAGUUCUCUAAGGCGCUACAGUCCACGGAGAUGGGGAACGGCGGGAACCUGGGUUUUUAUUUUGAUGUCAUGGAGAUCACCCCUGAAGUGAUUGGGCGUCACCGAUUCAAUGCAGCAAACCAGGAGGUCCCAGCCUUCUCCAGGGAGGUGGAGAUUCGUGCCCUGAUUGAAGGACAGUUCAUGGCCAAGAGGAUCCACGCUGAGGGCCUGGGCUAUCGAGUCAUGCCCAAAACAAAGAUACUGGCCACUGGGGGCGCCUCUCACAACAGAGAUAUCCUCCAGGUGCUGGCAGAUGUGUUUGGCGCCCCCGUGUACGUCAUGGACACGGCCAACUCGGCCUGCGUGGGCUCUGCAUACCAGGCAUUCCACGGCCUCGCAGCGGGAACCCACGUGCCCUUCUCGGAAGUGGUGAAGUCAGCCCCGAGUCCCAAAUUAGCCGUCACCCCAGCCCCAGGGGCCGCUCAGGUGUAUGACGCCCUUCUCCCGCGCUACGCCAAGCUGGAGCGGACCAUCCUGCCGCAGACGGAAAGGCCUCCCAAGUGAACCCCGCAGACCGCGUGGCCCUGGGUCACAGGGAUCCUCUCUCUGUCCCCCGGGCAGCUUUUUCCAUCUCCUGUCUGGGAGCCUUGGGACACCGCCUUUUCUCAGCUCCCAGAAUCUGACGUGCAGCGGAUGCUCCUGGGUUACCCACUCUGACUCCUGGAGACGGGAUAUAGCUGAGUCAGGAUCCUUCCAGUCACACUGGUGACUUUUUCCCUUUCAAAUGAAAACACGAAAUUUUAACACAGGGCCUCAGUCAGCAGGGCGGAAGAGAUGCCUUCCCCUGAUGCGGCCCUUCCAUCCUCUUCGUGCUCCCUUCUACCCCAGCCUCCUCCAUAACUUUCCUCCCUCCUUUCAGCUCUCAAGUGCUUUCUACUCCCAUUUCUUUUUCAUUCCAUUCUGGUUUUCUUGUUUGUUUUGUUUGUUUUUUGCUUUUUGGGUCACACCCGGUGAUGCAUAGGUGUUACCCCUGGCUCUGCACUCAGGAAUUACUCCUGGCAGUGCUGAGGGACCAUAUGGGAUGCCGGGGAUAGAACCCGGGUCGUCCGUGUGCAAGGCAAACACCCUACCUGUCAUACUAUUGCUCGCCGCCCCCCGUUCUGUUUUUUUGAACCAUACCAGUUGUGCUCAGGGUCUACUCCCCACUUGGGGCUCAAACUCAGGCCUCCCAUGUGCUGCUCUGCACACCAGCCCUUCCCUGCCUACUCCCUGUUUUUUCUCUUAUCCCCUCCCACCUUCACUCCACCCCAUUCUCAUCCCAUCUUUCAUGCUUCUUUUGGGUAUCUGACUCUCCACAUGGACCCUUCCUCCCCGUGCCCACCUGGUAUAAUACCCUUCUCACCCCUUGGGCUGUGCUUCCUGUUUCCUUGCUACAUGUAGUGGCACACACAGGCUGUCUUACUCCUGGGUGAACCAGACCAUUGGAAGACCCUUCAGCCCCCUAACAGUUGCACUGUGCCACUUUCCAUGCAGCUCACACCUAUCCUGGUGAUGCCCUUAACCUUUUCACUCGUCUAUCUCUGUUGUCCUUUUGUUUGGUGGUUUGACCAAACACAGGUGUUUCAGUUUUCGUUUUUGUUUGUGGGUCACACCUAAUGAUGCUCAGAGGUUACUCCUGGCUCUGCACUCAGGAAUUACUCCUGGCAAUGCUCAGAGGAACAUAUGGGAUACUGGGGAUUGAACCCAGACCAGCCACAUGCAAGGCCAACACCCUCCCUGCUGUACUAUUGCUCCGGCCCCAUGCCCAAGUGUUUUUUUUUUUCUGUUUGUUUUGGGGACCCACACCCAGCAGUGCUGGUCUACUCCUGCUCUCUGCUCAGGUCACUCCCGGUGGUUGCUCAGGGGAUCUUGCAGUCAGUGCCAGAGACCAAACAAACCCAGGUUUCAACACAUACAGAGCAUGUGCUAAGCCCAUUUAGUUCUCUUUGUGUGUGUGUGUGUGUGUGUGUGUGUGUGUGUGUGUGUGUGUGUUGGGGCGGGGAUUGAGGAGGUAGUCAGGGAUUAAACCCAGAACCUUGCACAUGCAAGGCAAGCAAAUACGAGGUUUUCAAUUUCCGUACGCUUGCUAUUUUAGCCAGGAUGAAUCUUUGUCCUAGAUGACUAUCCAGCCAUUGAAGAAUGUUUAGAAGUACCAUAACCCUUUCCCUAAUCCUAAAAUGUCAGUAUAAAUUCUGGGGACCAUGUUGGUGCCAGAUAUUAAACCCAAGCCUUCUGCAUGCUAGUUAUGUGCCCGGGCAAUGGAAUCAUCGCUCUGUUUCCCCACAUUACCUGGUGCCUCCCAUAUGAUCCUUAGGGGGCCUGGGAGGCUACUCCUAGCAAUACUCAGCCAACACAGCUGAGACUCAGUGCUAGGACCUGAGGAUGUGGUGUUGCUCCAGCCCUGCAGUGUCAGGGACCACCAGGGUCACACCUGGCAAGGCUGGGGCGGUGGGUGGGGGUGAGGGACAUGUGGUACCAGGAAUUGAACAGGGAUCAGAAUCAUACAAGGCUUUUACUCCAACUCCUAUGCCCUCUCCCUAGCCCUGGUAUUGUUUUUGUUCUGGGUGUAUUUUUUUUUCUUUUUGACCAUAGUGGCAGAAAUUGAACCCAGGACCUCAGCUGUAAGACAUGUGCCCCAUGGUUCAGUCAUAUCCAUGACCCAGCCCAAUCCUCUCAUGUGUGUGUGUGUGUGUGUAUGUAAUCCUUGUGUGUGUGGGGGGCGGUAUUCACACCCAGCUAUGCUCAGGAGUUUCUCCUGGCUCUCACUCAGGAAUCAUUCCUGUCAAUGCUUUGGUGCCCAUAUAUGGUGCUGGGAAUCGAACCCCAGUCAUCUGUGCGCAAGGCAUGCACCCUACCUGCUGUACUAUCUCUCUCUGAUCCCUCCUCUUCUCUUCCUUUUACUGUAUGGUUUUGUUUUUGGACCACACCUGGCAGUGCUCAGGGGUUACUACUAGCUCUGCAAUCAGGAAUCAAUCCUGGUGGGUUCGGGGGACCAUAUGGAAUGCCGGGGAUCAAACCCGGGUUGACUGCGUGCACAAGUGCCCUACCCACUAUACCCAGCCCCCUCCUCUUUCCUUUUUAAUAGCCACGUUCUGUGUUUUUCCACCCGUCUCACUGUCCCAAUCUUUCAUUCUUUCUCCACAUCAAUUUUUUCUUUUGCUCCAUCUGUCUCUACUCCUUCACUGUUGCUGGCUGCCAAGUUCUCUGUCCUCAUCUGCCUCUCCAUCCUAUGCUUCGGUGGUGAAUGAUUUUAUCUAUUCCUGGGCCUUAACUACUCCUUCAGUGCCAGCCUCGUCAGACCUUUGUCUCCUGCCCAAACUUGUGUUGAAGCCUUCCUGUAUUCUCACAGGGGCACCUCGCUCCCCACUAAUCUCACCUCUCCUUGCCAGCCUCCUCCUCAGGUUCCUUUUUUAUGGAACUCACAAGCCAUUCAUUCAAGAACCCUACCUCGGCUCUGAUCGAUCAGUCACCAGACGAUACUGGUUCUUCCUUCACAACUUCUCUUCCUGCCAUUACUUUCUCUUCACCCCUCCAGCUACAUGCUUGACCCAAAUCACUGUGAAAAGUCUCCAGGGAAAGUCAUCUGUGACCUGCCUCUUGCAUAAUCCUCCGAAGUUUUCUUCUGCCACAGACCCUCUGUUACCUGGGACUCCAGUAAAACUAAAGUCCCCUGUUCUCAGCCAUCUUGGCGAAAGCUGCCAAUGGGUGUGAGGCCUGCGUCAUCCAAGUAGCCGGAAGUGAAAGGGAAGGAGUUUGGGAAAUGAGCGGGAAAAGCCGGUUCAUCUCAGUGAGCCUGAGUCCUCCCUUUGAAAGGCAAGACUGACGGAGGGAUGGAAUAAGAAGCCAGGAGUUGGAGGGGAUGACUCCUCCCAACCGCAGCAGUCCAAGAUGCAGAAGGAAAUGGACAGGACUUAGGUUUUUUCUUCCCAAGGAGAUUUUAUAUCAUGCCCCUCCCCCAGCCCACCCCAAGCCACGGGCUUUCCAGGACCAAAAAAUAGGUUAAGCCACUUAAGCCAGUCCUCAUCAUCACCCCUGCCCCCAUAGAGCAUCAGGAGUGUGUUCUGGUGUGGCAGACUCCUAAAGCUGCCCCUUUGAAAUGGUAUUCUUUUACUCUUACCAUUCCAGCAGGAUCUAUGAAGUCUUCUAAAUCUGUAUUGAACUUUGUACCUUAACAGAAAUAUACCUGUUACACCUCUCACUCACCAAAUCUGACCUCUUAUUCUGUCACAAAGAAAGCCCCAAUACUUUUUCACAAAAAUUGAAAUAGUUUCUAAUCACAUUAAAUGAGAAAAUCACAAUAAAAUUUA